ACAGCUAAAGACACAGGGUCCUCGCCCGAAGGACCUCGCGGUGAAGUAAACACAAGUGUUUGCUCGCGUUAAUUAAGAAACUAUCGAUUUUGGUCGAAUUAACUUUAUUUUAUUUAACAGUGUGUGAAUUGCAAUAACGCCAUGGGAGAGGAUAACGAACUGGAAAAGCGUGCAGUGGAGGAGCUGCUGAAGGAGACUGACAGAGCGCGAGUGAGAGCGGAGACGAUGGGCCCUGCAGGAUGGUUAAAGUGUCCCCUGAGGAGCACCAACAAGCGCUUCCUCCUCAACACGCUGCGCUCCACCAACCUUCAGCGACGCAGCGGAGACUCCAGGGACGGACACUCGAGGACGAGAAGCGAGUCCCCGGAGAGAAGCCGCCAUCGUAGCAGAACCCCUCCCAGAGAUCACCAUCCCACAGACCAUAAACACCAUCACAGGGACAGUGGCAAACACAAAGACAAGAAGCAGGAUCGAGACAAAGAGAGGAGCCACAAGGACAACGGGGGCCGGAGACAUGGGAGGGAUGGACACAACAGAGACAAAGACAGGCUUCAUGAGUAACGACUGCAGAGGAGGACAUCUUAUUUUACACCACCUGCACAGAGAACACUGAACGCCUCACAGAGCUGCUGGCACACUGACAGACCUCUGUCUACCUGUCUGGGGAGACUUUAAUUUAAGUUUGUCUUCCUGUUGGCGGAAAAUGUUCUCACUGUUUACUUUUAAAUGAACCAUUUUGUAGUAAUGAAGUUGAUUUGAUGACCUUUUCAAUGUUCUUUCACCCCGUAUUUUCCACUAAAAGCAGAGUCAAUAAAAUAUCAAGUUGCCGUUGCAGCCCAGCACUUUUCACAAUACAGAUUCUUGCCCCCCCCCCCUCACAGG